UUGUUCUCAAAGUCAAACUUAAUAAACAUACAACUUUAUAUUGUAAUCAAGUCGAUUGUUCUCUAAAUAAAGAUCAGUUAGAUAAACCAGUUGACAAAAUGGAAUUCGCCCAGAUUCGAACUUGGUCAGCGAAUUACUAUACUCUUCAUCAAGCAAAAACCUUUUUCUGGAGAAAACGGGUUAUAUCUUGGUGGAUCGAAUCCAUGCCCGGCAAUAUCAAUCAGAUUGUCUGUGGAGAUAAAGAUGAUAAUUUUUACAUAAGAAAAAUCUCAAGAUUGCAGGAAGAGAGAGAUGGUUUUUCAUAUGCCGAAUUACCGUUUUUCUUACCGUUCCAUUAAUAAUUAUCGUAUGUUAUCAUUCACCUUAUUGGGAAUCUGAUUCAAUCAAUACCCUGGUUAGGUUGAGGUUUUCAUCACCAAUGAAAAUCGUUGCCGAAGUUGGUCUACAUAUUGGCCUUUUCGGAUUCAAUAUAACCAUGAAAGACUUGGAUGUAUCCAAAUCAACAGAUAAAAUCCCUCCGGACAUGAUUAAUUUUGAUUAUAAUGAACAAUUUCAAUGGAAUUGGGUUUCAUCAUCAGCUGAUAAACCAAAACUUUCAGAAGAGACUGGUCAUCUCAAGUAUCAAUAUCGAUUAUCAGCUUCCAAUGGACUUCCGAUUCCAUUUCUUUGGGUACUUGAUUAUUUCACAAUAGAUGGAGAAGAGUUUAGGUUUACACACUUCUAUCAACAGGCUUCAUGGUAUUGUCACACUUUCUUAUGGUUUUCUCUUGGCUGUUGGUUAUUAUCAAGUUGCCUUUUCUGUAUCGUUAUUGAAUAUGGUUCCUUAAUGAUGAUGCUUACUGGAUUAUCUCUAAUUACAACCAAUAUGAUUUGGGCUUUACAUAAUAAUCCAGUUCCAUUGGAGAUUCCAUUUCAAUCACCAAGUGGUGGUAGAGUGCAGUUCUUACACACUGACUAUUCAUGGGCUUAUUGGAUAAAUCUAACCAACGGAUUAUUUUGCUUGCUAUUGGGGAGUUUUGUUUACAUUAUUGACAUUAAAUAUCCUGAUCUAACGGCUCAAUUUUUCGGCAUCGAUAUAAUUCAAAACUAUCAAGAUUACUUUCGAGAAAUAGAUGAAGAUAAAAAAAGACUACAAAGUGAUGGGUCAAGCGUAUCGACGGACAGCACAUUGAAAAUGAAGAAUGGUGAUUCGAAUUAUGUUGCCUUACGGAAAAAGGUCACCUCUGAUAGACUUUCUCGGCUAAAUCGAUUGACUCUUCGUGAUGGAGGAAAUAAGAGUAUCGAUCGACCCGUUGCAGUUGGUAAUCAAUCGAAAAGUAUCCAAGAGAUCACCGAGCCUCAUUAUGUUGUACCCAAAACGAUUACUGUACCUAUUCAACCUCGAGUAGUCGGUGUGAUACCUGGUGGAUCUCGAGGGGUAGAAAAAUUUUCAUUAUCAACUCAAUAGUUGAUAUCAAUACUUGUUUCAAGUCUAAAUAAAUUUUAUUUGGAGAGUUA